AUGUCGCAGCAAGCUUCACUUCAGUCCUUCUUCACCCAAUCUUCCCCGCAAGGGGCAGACCCCCCACAGAACAGGAACACUCAGGAUCCCGACCCAACCCCAUCCGGAGCUCAGGAACAGGAAUUCUCCUCGACCUUUGCAACAGAAUCCGACUACAACGACCCCUAUCAACCAAGAGUUGACUACCUCUACCCGAGCAUUGUUCCCCAGGACACUCACACCCAGACGGACCUGAACUAUAUUACCUGGGCCAUCAGACAUGCCACCAGCCGGAUCUGCCCGCCCUCCGACAGGAUUGAAAUCCUCGAAGAGCAAACGACUACACUCCGGAGAACAGUGGAUACACUGAAACAUCAAAUCGAGGCGCAGACAAACAUGAUCACCAAUAUGCAUUCGGCGAUCCACGCGCUCCUCAAUAAACAACCACAACCGCAGCAACCGCAGCAACCGCAACAACAGCAACAACAGCAACAACAGCGAAAACCACAACAACCGCAAGGACAGAGAAUGCCCCCUCCAGCGGUCCCACAAACA